AUGGAAAUGGCCAUGAAUGUCACAGGCAAGACAGCAAUCGUCACUGGAGCGGGCUCUGGUAUUAACCUCUGCUUCGCGGUCAAACCCUCGGAGAAAGACUGCAAUAUCGUCUUUGCAGAUCUUGCUCUCCGUCCAGAAGCCGAAUCCAUAGUAUCUCAAUAUCCCCUCACAUCAGCCAACGCGAAAGCGGUCUUCCAAAUUUGGAUUUUUUUCAGUUCCUCGUUGACUUCUCUCUUCGUGGGCUUCCACACGUGUUCUCUCAUACACCACUUGCGAGAGACAGCCAUGAACUCCACAUCCUUCAAGACAGCUCGUCUGUCAUGCAACGGAAAGACAAUUCAGGCUCCAAGACCCUUCAUCAUCGUCCGCCAAAGCCCAUAG